AUGGCAAGCACAGCUAGAGCAGUACGCCUAUUUAUCGGCAACUUGCCAUGGACUGUUGGCCAUCGCCAAUUAAGAGAAUACUUUUCCCAGUUUGGCCCAGUGCAAAGUGCCAGAGUAGUUUUUGAUCGCUCGACAGGAUUGAGCAAAGGUUAUGGUUUUGUUGAAUUUGUGAGUUCAGCUGAUGCUGCCAAUGCAACAAAUAAGCAAGUACACACACUAGAAGGUCUAAAUUUGACUGUCCAGAAUAAUAAAGAAUAA